AACUAUGGCUUCAAGAAACCCCAUCUGAAAUCAAAUACUUAGGAGAUAACCUAGAUGGAAAAAUUAAAGCAAGAGACCAAAGGGUGAGCAACAGCAACUCUGACUACCACUGGUUUCUUAAUUUGGCUGUCAAAGAACGAGUGACAUCAAGCCAUCUUCCUCAUGACAAACCUAUCUGCCCAAUCAAGGAACUUCCAUUGUCAACAUUUCUUUUAUCUGCAUCUGAUGUACAAGCCAUGAAUAAGAACAUGAUAGUACUACUACUUCGCAAUAUUACUGACAAGAUACCUUUUCUUGAGCCAUAUAAAAAGUUUGUACCAAAACACAUUACACACAAGUAUACUAAGGAAAUGAGCACAAAAAGUGAAGUUGUCAACCUAGGACUAGUGUUUGCUGGAGAAUCAAGUUCUGAAGGAAUGGCUGAAAUACUGGAAUUCAUUCACACUUAUGCAUCUGAUGAGAAAGAACAAGCAAUAUUUGGAGGAGAUCAGCUAACAGUUGAGCGMACUACUGGAGUCCAAAGACUAAGAAAAACAGCAGAAACAAAAAAACAACAACUGUCAUGUGUCUUACCAUCCACUGAAUCUUGGCAUACCAUGAUGACAUUACUCAUAGUAAUUUUUUCUCAUCUCUGGAGUGAAAAAUCAGGUCAGGAUAUUGGAACUUUAUUCCAACUCCGAUGCAGCAUUCACAGAACAAAUGUGACUGGGGAUGUCAAGCAUCAAAUGAAUGAGACAGCUGACUUUUUUCAAGAUGUCAUAAAGGCCCACUGUAUUGCUGCAGCCCUGAAAUAUUUUGGUAUGGAAAAACUUGAUGACUCCCCAAAGCUACAUCAGCCACCAUCUCCACAGUCCAAAUCUAAAGAAAAAAAGGAAUGGUUGUAUACAAGUGCAUCCAACAUAAUUGAAUUAUAUGCGAUGGAUGGUUUAAAGCUACAUCAAAAUUCACAAGAAGACAAUCAAGAUAUACAGGAAGAUCAACCUCAAACUCAACCAGUCCAAGUCAAUGCUGAUACAACGACACCAAGAGAUGAAAAGAAGAGCCCAUACCUCCCAUGGUUGAAUAGCACAUCUGSCAUUACAUCUAAAAAAGAAAUUAAACAUGAAGAAAAAAAUGACUUUGUUUUUAACUAUGCAUGCUCUGUGCUUUCUCUUGGUUUACUUUAUGAAGAAUUUAAUGAUGCCAUAAAGGAAGGAGAUGGCGAUAGAGAAGAACUGGUCUGGAAGGUUCUUCUGCUUGUUUUUAAAGCAAGAACUAAAACAAAAGGAAGCAGAAACAAAUACGCCUAUGAGGCUUUUCGGUAUUUAGCAUUAAUAAACUCUCUUUUGUCAGAACGGAUGGCACAUAAACUAAAAUGGGGAAGAUUUGUCAACACAGNACUUCACACUAACUUAUAG